CGUCGUGGCUUCAGAUACUGCUGGCCCGCCGCUGGGCUGUGGGCGGACGCAGACCUUGGUGUCCGUGCGCUUCCAGACCCUGGUGGUGCCCGGCCCAAAAUUGGACGUGACGUAUCGUCGAUUCCCGCUCACUGAAGGUGACUUGGCUACAGUCAUUAGUACGUCAACCUCGCUGCCAGCCUCCGAUGUGGGGGAGUGGCCAAAAAGUCGGCAAAAGCAGGAAUGGACGCAUUUUCUUUCGAAGGAAACUGCACAGCUUACAAAUUUCGCGGCAAACUUUGCCCCUGUCUUAAGGGCGAGAAAGUCGUUUACUUGACGAACGCCAGUAUUUCCAACGGGUCUAUAUCAACUGUACCUCUGAGCGUUGCUCCCUACGCCAAUACAACUGUAAAUAAUUUCGUGUUCAAGCAAUACCAGCUCCAACAGCAGUUGCUCUCGGUUGUCUCCUCGAAAUUUAUGGCACCUAUCGAAAAAAUUGGCGAUUUCAUCUAUCUAGCUUACCUAUUUCCUCGAGAAGAUGGCAGCUAUAAUGGUAUUUUCGUCUAUCAUCUGGACGUGGCUUCAUGUGUUUCCGACACUCCAUGCGGUUUACCCGUCAUUUUCGUCAUGACUCUGCCAACUUACUACUUCCUAAACGAAUGCGGCAACACAAUUGACCUCGACCUGACCCCUUCUCCAAUUGGGUGGACGGUGUUCUCACACCCUGGCUUUGGGUGCAAGCCAUUCCCCGACGGUCCGACCUACAACUGCACCAUCACAUUCAUGGGUGCCUCAAAUUUUGUUUAUAUUGGCUUUUUAACUGGCAAUGAUGGUUCCUGCGACGGCUACACUGCGAAAGUUACUUACAGUCCUAACGGCAUGACGCAACAAGAUUCUGAUUUGUGCAUCGAUGAAAUGGUCAGUGGCUGGGAUUAAUUUAGAGUUUUUUCAAUAACUGA